UCCAUGUUGCGAGAAUUUCGGCUUUCAAAAAUUGGAUUAAUUUUCUCUGGGUAGUAUGCUUUGUCGACUUUCACUCCCAUGUAGAGCUUCAGAAAGGACUUCACUGCAGUUGUGAAGCUGCGAAGAAGAUGAUUGGUGCAAGGAAAGAGGAGUAGAAACAAAACUACUAGAGAUGUCAAGCAUUGAUCUAGAUGACUGUCUAAGACGCUUUUAUGCAGAGGCAAGAACAAAAUCUGGAGAAGAAUACAGCCGUUCGUCACUUCUUGGCUUCAGGAAUUCAAUCGAGAGGCACUUUAUCGCCAAUAACAGGUGCAUUAAGUUAACCAACAAUCCAGUCUUCGCAAGGAGUAACAAAAUGCUGGAAUCCAAGCUUAAAGCUAUCCGAAGAGAAAAUAAAGAAUGCACUAAACACAAGCCUGUCAUUGAAUCUCAAGACAUCCUGAAAUUGAAGACAAGCCCAUUCAUGAGUCCAGAAACUCCAGAUGGUCUUUUAAGAAAAGUUUGGCUGUACGUGACGAUCUACUGGUGUCGCCGUGGCUGUGAAGGUCAGCGUUUGCUAAGAAGAAACAGCUUUGUAUUCGAUAGAGACAGUGACGGGAAAGCAUUUAUACAGAUGUCGCACGAAGAACAGUCUAAGAACCACCAAGGGGGAUUUAACGAUAAGAUAAGCACAGAAAGAGAAACCAGGCUUUACAGUACAGAUGAAGAUGGCGACGCAUUUUACUGCAUCGAGCUUUACCUGAGCAAGCUAAAUCCUUUACAAGAAGCUUUCUUUCAGAAACCCAGAUCCAACUUUGAGCACUCCGAUGAUAUUUGGUAUCAAAACAAGCCUCUGGGUGUUAAUCGACUGUCAAAGUUGAUGAAAGAAAUUUCCCUGGGGGCUGGUCUUUCAAAGAUGUACACAAACCAUUGUGUACGAGCGACCGCCAUUACGCUGUUGUCAGAUGCAGGAGUUCCAGCUCGACAUAUUAUGAGAAUUUCUGGGCAUGCCAAUGAACAAAGUCUAGCAAGCUCCAACCGUCGGCCAUCAACAUCACAGCUUCAGAAUUGUUCAGAGAUCAUUUCCCAUGCACUGGAGAAAGGCAAGACUCCCACCUCGUGCAAAACUUCGCUACAAGCACAGCAGGUUCCAUUGGCUUCAACUUUGAGCGAAUUCUCUCCUUCUGUUGUGGCCUCAAAUGCUUCUUUAAACAGCAUGUUUAAUUCAUGUAACAUAGGUCAGGUUAAGGUAUUUAUUUCGCCAGCAAAUCCAAAAGAACUGUAGCUUUUGAACUAUAUUUACAUGUAAGAUCGUUUUUUGUUUUUUUUGAGUUGUGCACCGUUGUGCAUUCUGUUCAUCAUCAAUUCACUAACGAUCGAGCCGUUAACUGGCUUUAUAAUGAAAAGUUUGACAAGCUGCCGAUUUUUAGCCAAUAAGGCUGUUUGUUUAUAUUAU